CUGAGAUUAGAAAUUAGGAAAGAUGAAGAAAGACGUGCGGAUUUUACUCGUCGGAGAGCCCAAAGUGGGGAAGACGUCUCUUAUCAUGUCUCUGGUCAGUGAGGAGUUUCCUGAUGUGGUUCCUUAUAAAGUGGAGGAGAUCACCAUUCCUGCUGACGUCACGCCAGAGAGAGUCCCUACACACAUAGUGGACUACUCAGAAGCUGAACAGACAGAUGAGCAGCUUUAUCAGGAGAUCUCCAAGGCGAAUGUUAUAUGCAUUGUUUACGCCGUCAAUAACAGGAAGUCGCUUGAGAAGGUGACGAGUCACUGGAUUCCUCUGAUCAAUGAGAGGACGGAUAAAGACAGCAGGGUUCCUCUGAUCUUGGUUGGUAAUAAGUCUGAUCUGGUGGAACAGAGCAGCAUGGAGACCGUCCUGCACGUCAUGAACAAAUACACUGAGAUCGAGACCUGCGUUGAGUGUUCGGCGAAGAAUCUAAGGAACAUCUCCGAGCUGUUUUAUUACGCUCAGAAAGCUGUACUUCAUCCAACAGGGCCACUUUAUUGCCCCGAACGCAAACAGAUGAAGCCAGCGUGUGUACGAGCUCUCACUCGUAUCUUUAAAAUUUCGGACUUGGACAAUAAUGGAAUCCUCAACGACAACGAGCUCAACUUCUUCCAGAAAGUGUGUUUCAGCUCGCCACUCGCUCCUCAGGCUCUGGAGGACGUGAAGAAGGUGGUGAAGAAGAACAUGUCUGAUGGAGUGUGUGAGGACGGACUGACCCUGCAGGGAUUCCUUUUCCUCCACACGCUCUUCAUCCAGAGAGGGCGUCACGAGACCACAUGGGCGGUGCUUCGCCAUUUUGGCUAUGACGAUGACCUGGAACUACAUCAGGACUACCUUUUCCCUCUGUUAAGAAUCCCGGCGGACUGCAGCACCGAGCUCAACCACAAUGCCUCACUGUUUUUGCAGAGCGUCUUCGAUAAACACGACAAGGACAGAGAUGGAGCCCUGAACCCCAGCGAGUUGAAGGACGUCUUUGAUGUUUUUCCCUACAUGCCAUGGGGUCUGGACGUAAAUAACACCGUGUGUACGAACGAUCACGGCUGGAUAACAUACCAAGGCUUCAUCUCUCAGUGGACGUUAACAACAUAUUUGGACGUCCAGAGGUGUCUGGAGUACCUUGGUUACCUUGGUUACUCAAUCAUAGCGGAGCAGGAGUCGCAGGCCGCUGCCAUCACGGUGACCCGCAGUAAGUGUGUGGACCUGCAGCAGAAACAGACACAGCGCUGUGUGUUUCUCUGUAACGUCUUUGGCAGCAGUGGCAGUGGAAAGAGCAGCUUCCUGCAGGCCUUUAUCGGACGCAACCUCAAUCGUCAGAAGACGAUCAGAGACGAACACAAAUCACACUAUGCCAUUAACAUGGUGCAUGUUUACGGUCAGGAGAAAUACCUGCUGCUGCGUGAAAUCUGUUCGGAUUUGGACUUCGUGUCCGAGUCUGAUCUCUGCUGUGAUGUUGUGUGUCUGAUUUAUGACAUCAGCGACCCCGACUCGUUCAACUACUGUGUUCAAGUGUUUAAGCAGUGUUUUGCGGACAGUAAGCUGCCAUGUCUGAUGGUGGCGAUGAAGUCAGACCUGCAGGAGGAGAAACAGCAGCACAGUGUCACACCUCUGGAGUUUUGCAGAACACACAUGGUUCCUCCACCGCAAGCGUAUAGCGUUAACACGGCGGCUACGCCCAGUCGAGACGUCUUCAUCAAAAUCGCCACCAUUGCCACAUACCCGUCAGUACACACACACACACACACACACACACACACACACACACACACACACACACACACACACACUUUGACCUCUCUGGCCUGUAAAUACAUCUGCUCUGAGAGUUUAGUGUUUUUUCACUUAUUGUUUAUGAUGAAAGCAUCUUACUCUGUGUGUGUGUGUGUGUGUCGCAGUCACCUGCGUCUGCGCUGCAUGUGUACCUGUAACAGGUGCACCUUCUGCCUCUGUCAGAACUUCCUGAACUCAGAGCUCCUCCACGCUGUAAAAGCCAAAAUCUACACACUCGUCUUCAGCAGGGUGGUUCCCCUGGUGGAUCUUCAUGGGUCGUUGUUGUUGUUGAAGGUCAGUUGUGGAACGGCUCUAUUUGCUCUGCUGGGCUUCAGCGUGUACCGAGUGCUGAUUAAACCCCGGUGA